GUAGCAAUUGGUGUUAAGCGACUUCGUGACCAAGGCGUCAAGACGGUUGGAAUCGAUGUUAUGACUCAUGAACACGGCGCAGCGGAAGGUGCCACACUCGCUCUUUACAGUUUCGACUCUUUCAAAUCACCAUCAUCCCGUAAACCCGAAGUCAAAUUUCAGAAACUUUCCCAUCUACCGUCUGCUUCUGACUCUUCUGGGACCAACGCUUUAACAUGGGAAACAGGACUUGUCUACGGUGAAGCACAAAAUUUUGCUCGUACUCUUGCUGAAACUCCUGCAAAUCUCAUGACACCCACAAUCUUUGCUGAGACGGUGAAAGAGAAGAUAGCCGACUUAGAAGGCGUUGAAGUGAUCGUAAGAGAUAAAGCCUGGGCAGAAAAGAUGGGGAUGAAUGCCUUUUUAUCCGUUGCAAAGGGGUCUGAUGAGCCAUGUCAAUUUAUGGAGAUCUGGUAUAGAGGCGGAGUACGUGACGGUAGGCCUUUGGCAUUGGUUGGGAAAGGUGUUACCUUUGACAGUGGUGGUAUCUCGCUGAAGCCUUCGUCGAAGAUGGCAGACAUGAAGGCUGAUAUGGCGGGAGGAGCAGUAGUUGCUGCUACUAUUUACGGUAUUGCCAAACUUCGAUUACCAAUUAACGUCGUUUGCGCAAUUCCUCUAUGUGAGAAUAUGCCAUCCGGGAAGGCGAAUAAACCUGGGGACGUAGUGAAGGGGAUGAACGGAAAGACUAUUGAAAUUGACAAUACCGACGCCGAAGGAAGACUUAUUCUGGCAGAUGCGCUUUAUUACGUAAGCUCAACAUACAAGCCUCAUACACUGGUUGAUUUGGCUACAUUGACCGGAGCCAUCGUCAUCGCAUUGGGAGAACCCUAUUCGGCUGUCUUCACCAACUCUGAUACGUUAUGGAAUGAGUUGUCGGCUGCUGGGAAUAUCGCCAACGAUCCAUUCUGGCGCAUGCCUUUUCACUCGGAUUACAGGAAGCCUGUGACGAAAUCUACUGUUGCGGAUCUCAUUAACAAUGCCGGAAGAUCAGCUGGUGCGUGUACUGCUGCCGCCUUCCUUAAAGAGUUUGUUAAUGGAUUAUAUGUGGAAGGGAGCGAAAACGCCGAUGAGGAAGACACAGAAAACAAAGACAAUGGUUCUGGUGAGAUAAUUCGUUAUGCGCACAUCGAUAUUGCUGCCACAAUGGAAUCGUCGGAAGAUACCGGCUAUUUGGUCAAGGGAAUGAGUGGUCGUCCGACACGGUCAAUUAUCGAAUUCGCGAGAAGCCUAGGAGAAAGCUGA